CUCAGUUCCAUAUCAGUCCGUAAUUUAGUUUGACGCUCCUUAGCACAUUCUAGCCUGCACUGGUCUGAGUGGUGACCAUGGAUUUACAAGUUAAUACGUGGACUUGAAAGCAGAUUUCUGUUAAAGACUGUCGGUUUAGUUACUAGACGAUCUGUCGCGUCUUACAGCGGAUAAAAUAACAAGAAGUUGGCAGCCAUGCUCUAUCAGUCGCUACUAAUGAUGAAACUCCCAAGCAAAUACGGACAGAGUCAUUGUUAAACACGGACAGAUAGAAGAAAUCGUAUAUCAUUACCAACAAAACAGCUUAACGCACAAGUGUGAUGACAGCAGAAUUAGAGCAGAUUCGCUUACAUGGGUGACAAAGUUAAACAGCCAAAGAGCGGAGAAAACCAGAGGGAUAACUAGUGUGCAUGUCAGUGCUGCAGAAGUAUUUACACUUGUCGCACGCCGCAGUGAAGUUAUACCGGUGCUUUUCGAUUAACGACAGCCAAGGCAUAAUUUCUCAAGAACUCGGUAGCAGAAGAAUUUUUAAUUUUUGUUUUUCUUUAAGAAUAUAUAUUUUUAUAUUGCACAAAUUUUGUCACGUAUAUUAAGGUAAAUAUUAAUAAUUGUUAUUUUAUUUUGUUUUAUGAAAAUAAAAUUAUAUUUACACUAUUCUUUUUGCCUGGAUUUCUAGUAUUUUAAAUAAUUUCAUUAAAUUUAUGAUUCAUAUGUGGUUUAAAAGUGCUGAAAAAGACUCUGAGAAGAAAAACGUUUUAAAUAAACCACAAACGCUGAUCCUUAAAACAGUAAGCGUCUUAAUUUCCGUGGAGUUCAGUUAAAAGAAAUGAAAGAUUCGGCGUAAUUCCUAAAGUACAUAGUAACAUAUUUGUGAUUAUAAAACGAAUUAUCACAUAAUUUAUGAAUGCAUGUUUAGGUCUGAGACUAGUUAACGAAGAUUCCUAGACAAUAUCUUCGUUAAUAGCAUAUAAAAAUAAAGAAAUUAAAGUGCUGCAAAUUAAAAGAAGAUUCAAAAGAACUUAAUAAUAUAAAGUACUUUAAAUUAAAAUAAAAAAUCUAAAACAUCAAAGGUCAGAGACAUGGAAUCGAACAAUGUAAAUCACCAAGGCAACAAUACUGUGGCCAAAGUGACGUCAGACAAAGAAAAGAUUAUUCCACCGAGAGAUUUCGAGGACCUGUACAGAGAACAUCCAUUGACGGAUGAGACGACAUGCGGAAUUGGGCCCAUCCGCUCUGCCUGGUUACAGAAAUUUGCAAACAAGAAGGCUUACGUGUUUAUAUAUGGACUUCUGGGCUGCACCUUCUCUGCUAGCUACGCUUAUUUCAACGGUACAAUUACAACCCUCGAAAAGAGAUUCAAGAUUCCCAGCAGGACGACAGGAAUCAUCACCGUGGGCAAUGACAUCAGUCAGCUCUUCGUAUCCAUAGUCCUGAGCUACUACACUGGCCGGGGCCACAGACCUCGGUGGAUUGCACUGGGCAUCUACACAGUGGUACUGUACUGCCUCAUGUCAGCGCUUCCGCACCUGCUGUACGGACCCGGGGAUGACGCCCUGGCCCUCACUGUGGAGUACGGAGGAAUCGUGGACCAAAAUUCCACGCAAGAAGCAAUAAAUGCAGAGAAGAGGAAAAUCCUGUGUGGUUCAAAAGGCGAGGGUGGUGGCUGUGAGAAAUCUGAUGGCAGCAUUUGGCCGCCAACAAUUCUCUUCUUGGCCAAUUUCGUGGCCGGCAUGGGUGGCUCUCUCUACUACACGCUUGGCGUCUCCUACAUGGACGACAAUAUUCAGAAAGCAAAAACACCUGCCCUAAUCAGUUUCUCCUACUUCUUACGGAUGCUGGGUCCAGCUAUCGGCUACGCACUUGCAUCCCUCUGCCUCAAGUUCUACAUCUCUCCAACUCUUACCCCGACAAUAGGAACGGACGACCCGCGGUGGCUUGGAGCCUGGUGGUUUGGUUGGAUCAUCAUCUCCAUCGUACUGGCAGUGUUGGCAAGCCUGCUCGCCCUGUUCCCCAAGACGCUGCCUCGUGCGGCAGUUAGGAAAAUGAUGGCGCUGGAAAGACAGAAGAGCGUCGCCAAGUCUGAACCAGAACUGCCAACCUCAAUGUCGGAUAUGAUGCAGACGUUUUGGCGCCUGAUCACCAAUCCGACUCUGAUGUGCAACAACUUAGCUUCAGUAUUCUACUUCCUGGGCUACAUGCCGUACUGGGUGUUCAUGGCGAAGUACAUUGAGACGCAGUAUCGGCAGUCUGCGUCCACAUCCAGUCUGAUUACAGGUACCGUUGGCCUAGUUUUCUCAGCCUUCGGAAUCCUGCUGUCAGGUCUGAUCAUUUCCAAGUACAAACCACGUGCCAGGUACCUAGCAGCAUGGAAUGUUAUAGUGGGCGUCAUCUCUGUACUCGGGAUUAUAUCUUACGCAUUUCUGGGGUGCCCGGCUAGUGACAACCAUGGAGCCCUUUUAUCAAACGGAGAACUCGCUACAGACCAGUCGUGUAAUGCGGGCUGCAACUGUGACUACGUUAAGUACUCCCCGGUUUGUUCGGAAGACGGCAGAACCACCUUCAUUUCGCCGUGCCACGCGGGUUGCAGACAACAGCAGUAUAACAAUGGGAGCAAGAUAUUCACGGACUGCAAGUGUGUGAAGCCUUCCGCGGCAAGCGGCAGUCCGGAAUGGCUCGUCCCUGAAGACUCAUCCCUGCCAGAGACCCCUACAUCCAAGUUUCUAGGAGGAAUCACGCUUUCCGGAUCCUGUCCCAUCGACUGCUCCAAGAAGUUCUUCAUCUUCUUGGCUGUGGUGUGUCUUCUGAAAUUCUCUGGGUCGUCAGGGAGAGCGUCAAACUUCCUGCUAUCUGUCAGGUGUGUUGAAGAGAAGGAUAAGCCAAUAGCCAUGGGAUUCGGUAUGACAAUGGGAAGCCUCUGCGCUUUCAUCCCGUCGCCCAUACUUUUUGGAAUUAUUUUAGAUAAGACAUGCCUGGUGUGGGGUAAGACGUGUUCUGGCACAGGGAACUGUUGGCUCUACGACGGGGAAUCCCUCAGAUACGUCCUCAACUUUACAGCUGCCACUUUCGUUGCUAUAGGAACAGCCUUUGAUGCCGCUGUGUGGUAUUAUUCGAAGAAUCUGAAGAUAUUUGAUGAGGAAGUUGAACUUAAAGAAAUUGAAGAAACGCAAGAGAAAAUAGUAAUUGAUGACUGAAGUUUGCCACGACAAGUCAGAAUUUGUAAUUAAUGUGACAAACUCCGGACAGUAAGUUUUGGUUCAAAGCUCUUCCUAUUUUAAGUAAGUUGUUUGCGUAUACGCGUGGCUAUUUCGAAUGAAUCAAAUAAUUUAAAAGUUGCAUAGGUUGUGUGCCCCUUUUACUGCGAAUGAAAUUGAAAUGAAUUGAAAUGGAAAAGGAAGAUAAUGAAAUGUAUAUUACAUAUAUGAGUUGUGAGAAGCGAAUAUGAACACCUUCAGCGAAUAUGAACCAACUUCUCUUUCGACAAAAGUUUUUAAAGAUACUACUUAUCAACUGAAUGGUUCAUCCUACUGCAAGAUACUAUUAUUCAACGUCUUAACAAGAUAUGAACAUUUGAAAUUAACAGUACAGUAACCACACACAUGUCUAAAGAAAGGAUUAUAUAUAAUGUAACAAAAUUACAAAAUACUUCUUAAGAUAUCUCGAAA